AUGAAUAGUCUGCAUUAUCAGGUGCUGACAAGUAUAGAAGAUGUGUGGACCAUAAUUAAUUCAUUGUACAUGAUCUACUGUACCUCAUUACUUCCGUUGGCUAUGAUUGGUAUAGCACUUUUCUAUUCAGGCUUGACGCAACGGAGAUCGUCUUUGACUAUGCUUGCCCUCCCGGUAUUCCUCACACCGUUUAUAUUGAUAGAGUGGUUUAUUUGGGGGUAUUCAUUGUGUUAUUCCAGUUCUUCCAAUCAUUUCAUAGGUGACUUGAAUUUUGCAGUUUUACGUCAUAUGAGAGAUUCAGUUACAAACAAUUAUAACACACCUAGGGGUGAAAUAUGGCUGAUAAAUCAUUUUUUGUUUAAUGGGUUUAUGAAGGUUAUAUGCGUGUGCUUGACGUUUCCAGGGUGUAUUGCUGAAAGAGGAAGAAUACUACCUAUGGUUGUUUUCCUAUUCUUUUGGUCGGUCAUUAUAUACAAUCCCGUAACAUAUUGGUUUUGGAAUAGAGAAGGGUGGUUGUCCGUUGAAUUAAAUAGCCUUCCAGUAUUGGAUUUUGCUGGUGGUAAUUGUGUGCAUAUUGUUAGUGGGUUUACGGCCUUAGCAUAUUCUUACAUUUUAGGGCCAAGAAACCCAAAAAUUCUUUAUGAUUAUCGAAGCACUAACACAGGCUAUAUUAUCAUAGGAACAUUUUUCAUGAUAUGCGGCUGGUGUGGGUUCGUUGCUGGGUGCGAUUACAAGUUCACAAUUGAAUGUUUAUACAUUAUCUUGAAUGUACUCUUAUGUGCAUCAACAAGCGGAAUAAUCUGGAUGCUCAUUGAUUAUUACUUUUCCGCAAUUCCAUUAGAAGGUGCACCUAUAGAAAGUGCUCUUUCAAAUCAUAGGGAUAAGAUCCAUGUCUUACGAAUAUCAUCAACAAAUAUUAGAACAAUUCCAUCUGUUACUGGUGCUUCAAUAAACCAACAUUACCACGAUACGAAAUCCAACUUUGUUCAACGUAGAAAGAUAUCGAUUAUAUCGUUUUCAUCGGGUAUUGUGACAGGGUUAGCGGUGAUAACACCUGGAGGAGGAUACGUUUCUUCUCCCACAGAUUUCUGGAAGAGUUUUGUAUUCGGAGUACUUGGUGGAAUAAUCGUUAAUUUGUCUACAAGACUUAAAUAUUUUGUUCAGAUUGAUGACGCCUUAGAUAUUUUUGCUAUUCAUGGAGUGGCAGGUAUACUCGGGUCAUUGCUUACAGGAAUAUUUGCAAACCAAAGGUAUAAUUCAAAAGGUGGCUGGGUGAAGGGUCAUUGGAUCCAAUUAGGAUAUCAGUUAUUAGGGUGUACGGUUACGGCAGCAUACGUCUUUGUUUUGAGUUGCGUAUUUUUAUAUUGCAUUGAUCUUAUACCGGGUUUACAUUUAAGAAUGGAUAAGACCUUUAACCAACGAAUGAGGGAAGAGAGAGAAAGAGUACAAGCAGAAUCUACGGAAUCACCCACCAGUGUAGACAUAGAGGAGCAAUUCGUACCCCAUAAUACGAAUGAGAUUACUUAUCUGGAGAAACUUGAAUUAUUGGGUACAGACUGUUAUGAAUUUAAUGGGGAAUAUUUUAUGGAUUUUAUGGAAUUUAUAAAAGUUAUACGACCUCAGGACUAUCCAUUUGAUCAGUUUACAGAGGAGACAGAAACUCAGUAUGAUAGUGUUAAUGCUAUAGGUUCUGAUUAUCAGUUACACCCCGAAGGAGUAAACCACCUUGCAAGAAAAGGUGAAUGA